AUCUAAACUUCAGCUGGAAUAAAACCACAAAGAUUCCUCUUAAUUUCAAUUUUAGCAGUAUAAUAGUCAAUGAAAUUGAGGGUAUUGGAAGAAAUGCAAACCAAUCCUCCAAAAUGUUGGCCAAUAGCUUCAAAGCAAGAUCUUUUCCAAUAAGGUAAAGGAUGAUUCUUAAAAGAAAUCCAACCAUCAUAACCUUCAAUUAGCUUCAGAAUGCUCUUCUUGAGACCAAUUUCCAAUUUUCAGAUGAAAAUUCCCAACUUGUCUCCACUUACCAUCAAAAUCCAAAUAUUAAAAGUCAUUGUUCAAUUUCAAAUAAUACAGUUUUGCAACUAUUUCGUGUGUUAUUUUUCAGAUCUCAGAAUCUCAACUUUGCCACCGUGAAUUUGAAAAGGGACCGUAACUUCAUGUGACUGCAUUGAUAUAUAAAAGUUCAGGUGUUUCCUGAUGCUAAACUGUUAAACCUCCAAUUGUAAAUGUAUAUGCUAGAAGGGGCAAGAAGGAUAAGGGCAAGGAUAAGUAGUUGUUUUAGCACUUAUAUUUGAAUAGCAGUUAUUAUAUUUGAAUUCUGUGUUUUGUGUUAGGGAGUUAUAACUUCCUUUGUUAGGUUUGUGGUUAUAUAUGGAGUACUAUUCUAGGAAAAAUAGUGGGAAUGUCAUUAGGAAUACUAGCCGUGACAUGUUUGUAAUUUUUAGGGGAUGGUUUGGAGCACGAUGAUUUCCCUUGCCCCUGCGCUCACAACACAUCUGCCCUCUCUACCCUUCUUUUGGACCAUGAAUCCAUACACCAAGCAAUAUGCCGGCUACUACCCCCAAAUCUUUUCAGAUAGAGAGGAAAGUAUUCACCAUAGACCACAGAUUUGGUUUUGAUCGGACAAAAAUCACAAAGACCACUAAAAAUGGAUCCUUCUUCGUAACCAUAAAAGACCCCAUCAUCUUUUGGCUGACUGAGUGUUUCAAAGAUCUUCAACAUGCUCCGUUGAACCGGCAUUUCUUCCGACACCCAAUUACAAAUAAGGAAAGAAUAAAAGUAAGCAAAUAAAAUACAGCAAAUCUAAAACAAUAAAUACAAUAAAGAAUUUCACAACAAAGAAACUAAUCAACACUCCACCUCAAGCUGGUUUGAAGAUAUCAUUCAUGGCCAACCUGUCAAUCAACUUAUUGAAUUGCCACUUUGGAAGACCUUUAGUUAAUACAUUUGCAACUUGCUUCGCUGGCGGAAGAAAUGGAAUGCAUAUUAUUCCAUUAUCAAUCUUCUCCUUUAUGAAGUAUUUAUCAACCUCAAUAUGUUUCGUCCUAUCAUGAAGGACUGGAUUAUGGGCGAUGGAAAUUGCUGACUUGUUAUCACAAUAAAUGCGUAUGGACAUUGUCUGAGAGAAUUUCAAUUCUUCCAAUAAUCUUUUUAUCCAUAUACCCUCACAAAUACCAUGAGCUAACACCCUAAAUUUUGCUUCAGCAUUACUUUUUGCAACCACACUUUGUUUUUUACUUCUCCAAGUAACUAGAUUUCCUCCAACAAAAGAGCAAUAACCCGAAGUGGAUCUUUUAUCAUUCAUACUGCCUGCCCAAUCAACAUCAGUGUAAACAUCGACAUGUAGGUGAUUGUGCUUCUUACAUAGUAUACAUUUUCCUGGAGUACCUUUCAAAUAUCUCAAGAUUCAAUAAACUACUUCAAAGUGAACUAACCCAGGAGCAUGCAUGAAUUGACUCACCACACUAACUGCAAAAGUGAUGUCAGGACGUGUAUAAGAGAGGUAUAUGAGUUUCCCCACAAGUCUUUGGUACUUCUUGGUUUCUUUUACCUCUUUUUCUGUUGCAACUACCAAUUUUAAAUUUUGCUAGAUAGAAGUUUCUGCUAUUUUGCAACCAAGUAAACCUGUCUCAUUCAGUAGGUCAAGAAUAUAUUUCCUUUGGUUGAAAAGAAUACCACUUUUAUAUUAAAUAAAUGGUGAGACAAAACUCAAAGUACAAGAGAAUUAUACAAUGAGCAAUAGGUGUAAAGAUUGGCAAGCGCACCUGGACAUCUCAACUAGGUUGACACCCUAUAGCGCCCUCAUCAUAUCCAAAAAACAGACAAACAUACGCUAACAGGAAAAUAGAAGCGGCUGAAACACAGCCAAACACAAUACAAACAGCCUAACUAGACCAAACAAGCGGCCGGUAUAAGAGAGAACUACAAAGUGAAUAGAACCAAGGGAGAAUGAAAGCAGAAAACAAGAAAAAAAAAGUAGCUGAUGGAGCUAAGAACCGCAAUUAGGAGGGGAGAAUAAAUGCUCACCAGUUGAGGUUGAAAUCCAGGAUGUUGUAGCUAUUAAAAUGUUUGGAGAGGAUGCACCAAGAAGAAGCAAGAUGACGGGCAAAUUCAAAGCAAUUUUGGCAACCAAACGACUUAUCGUUAAGCACCCUCUAGUUUCUCUCAAACCAUAAUUCUGCCAAUAAAGCCUUAACCGCAUUAAGCCAAAGUAAACAGAUGGGUUUAUUAAAGCUUGUUCCAACUAGAAGUUGUUGCACAUUCCCCCGGGGGAACCUGUUAUUUCCCAUGUGUUGCCAAGUCUAAAAGUGCCAAGUCUUAGAGGUAGGUCUGUUAUUUCCCUUGUGUUGUUCUUUUCCAAGGCCUUUAUUUCGUCUAAUACAACUUGCUUCCAAUUGAUGUCUUUGAGGGCUUCAUAGACAUUGUUCGGAAUGUGUAUUUUGGAUAGUGUAGUUGUGAAUGCUUUGAACUUGGGGGGAGAGAUUUUUGUAGGAUAGGUAGUUUUGGAUGAGAUGCAUCGUACAAGUUCUUACCCCUUUCCGUUUUGCAACCGGAAGAUCAAUGUCUUCAAUGAGUGUUUCCGUUGUGGAGUUGUAGACAUGAUUUUCCUGCAUUUCGGUUGGGUUUUGAUUGAGUAUUGGUUCAUGUCCAAGGGUGUUUUUUCUUCUAGUAUAGACAAUAGGAUCUUUUCUACCAUCAAGUGAGUUUUGAUUGGAAACAUCAGUUUCAUGUACACAAGGAGCACAAGGAGCACUCCCUUCAACGAGAUCUAGUUUUUGGUUUCCUUCGUUUUCAAGAAGAAUUUCGUUUUCAAGGAGAGUGGAAGAUUCGUGGUGCCUUGCUUUUGAAAGUAAGGUUGAGUUUCAAAGAAGGUUACAUCCAUGGAGGUAUAGAACAUUUUAGUGGUUGGUGAAUAGCAUUUCUAUCCUUUUCGGCUUGGAGCAUAAUCGAGAAAGAUGCAUUUGAUUUCCUUAGGAUCUAAUUUACUUCUAUUGGGUUUAUGAUCUUUAACUAAGAUUGUACAACCAAAUAUUUUUAAAGGAACUUGAGAAAAUAAUCUAUCAUGUGGAAAUACUUCCUUAAGUUUUUGUAAGGGAGUUUUAAAGCCUCAUACCCGAGAGGGCAUUCUAUUAAUAAGGUAGGUGGCUGUUAGAACAACUUCUCCCCAAAAACGAUGGGGGUGUUUGCGUGAAGCAUUAAAGUUCUAGAAACUUCUAAGAGAUGUCUGUUUUUUUCUCUCCUCAAUUCCAUUUUGUUGGGCAGUGUUAGGACAUAUACUUAAGUGGGCAAUACCUUUUUCUUUUAGAAGUUUUUUUAAGGAAGUGUUAAAAUAAUCUUUAGCAUUAUCAAUGUGAAGGAUUUGGAUUUCAGUGUUAAAGAGAUUGAGAAUCAUGGCAAACAUGUUUUGGAAUAUGGUAGUGACUUCAAAUUUUUCUUUCAUUAAAAACACCCAAGUAAGUCUAGUGUGAUCAUCGAUAAAGGAAACAAACCAUUUAGCUCCUGUUACAUUCCGAGCUCUACUAGGUCCGCAAACAUCACUAUACAUCAUAGAAAAAGGAUAAGAGGGUUUAUAUGUGCUUACCGGAUACGAGGAUCGAGCAAACUUUUCCAUUUCACAAGACUCACAUUGAAAAACCUGAGAACUUUUAUUAAAAAUAUCUGGAAAAAUAUGUUUCAAAUAUAAAAAAUUGGGAUGUCCUAAACGAUUAUGCCAUAGCAUUAUUGUACUAGCAUAAUUGUCUUUAGAAGCAACAAAAGUUGAUGUACUAUCAUAAUUGUCAUUAGAAGCAACAAAAGUAGAUGUACUAUCAUAAUUUUCUUAAGAAAUAACAAAAAUAGAUUUGCUAAGACCUAACUCCUUGACUUGAGGCUUAAGAGCAUUUAGUAUGUAGAGACCCAAGGUUUCCUUAGCAUUGUCAAUCAUCUUCCCCGAAUUCAAAUCCUGAAAUAUGCAAUUAUUUGAGUAGAAAGUUGCACUGCAAUUUUUCAUAAGAGUUUGCUUAUGGAAAGGAGAUUGCAUCUAAGAUUUGGGACAUACAACACAUUUUCUAACACAAGAUCUUUAGAUACAAAGACAUUGUCAGUUCCUAUUACUUUAGAAUAGGUACCAUCAGCAAUCUUUACAGUAAUUUGACGAUUACAGUUGGUAUAGUUAGUUAAAAGUGAGAUAUCACCUGUCAUAUGAUCUAAUGCUCCCGAAUCAAUAAUCCAAAUACUACAAUUUUCUUUGGUUGCAUUAAGAGCCCAAAGGAACUUACCUAAUUGUGCCACUGUUGCUACACUGGUUUCUGAUGUUUUUCGAGUAGAUUUUGGUUGACCAAAUAGUUUUUGGAGAAGGUCCAACUGCUCCUUAGUAAACACAUUAUGUUCAGAGUUGAAGUUACCUUCAGAUGUUGUACUUGCUUGGUAGGUCUUUCCACGUUCGUCUUCUGCACCUUUGUUUGGCUUCCAAUCUGGAGGUUUACUAUGAAUAUUCCAACACACUUCUUUAGUGUGUCCUAGUUUUUUACAAUGUUCACACCAUGGUCUUGGUUUUCGUUGCCGAUUCUCAGUUCCUGUGUAGUUCUGGUUUCGAUUGUAACGAUUAUCAUGAGUAUUUAUAUAUACCUCAUUACCAAGGUUUCGAGCAAUUAAAGCCGAUCCUUCAGAUUCAGAGCUUGCAGUCACUCCUAACAUUAGUUUCUUCCUACUUUCUUGUCUUCUUACUUUUGCAACUUCUCUGAUGUUAGGUAAUGGUUUAAUGGCUAAGAUUCUAUCAUGUACCUCAUCUAGUUCUUUAUUAAGGCCAAGGAGAAAUUUGAACCCUCGUUUCUUAUUAACUAUCUUUUUUAAUGUAGCUCCAUCUGUAGUGCAGUCCCAUUUGUGGCUUUCAAAAUACAUCAAGUUGCUGCUAAAGACGAGACAGUUGAGUGAAAUAGUACUUGACUUGUAUAUCCCCUUGCCGUAGCUCGUGAAUUUUGCCUUCAAUUUCAAAUGACUCCACUAUAUUUUCUUGGUCAGAAUAAGUUUCACCAGCUGCUUCCCAGAUUUCGUUUGCAGUUGAGAAGAGUAGAAAUCCUUCACCAAUCUCUGUCGUCGUGGAGUUGAUUAGCCAUGACAACCAUAUUAUUUUUCGCUUUCCAUGUCUUGUAUUUUUUAUCAGCUGGGUCUGGGAUAGGAGUUUUGCUUGACAGAUAAUCUUCCUUUCUUUUUUCACAUAUAAACAUCAUAACAGAUUGUGACCAAUGGAGAUAAUUUGUUCCAUUUAAUUUGUGAUUAGUAAUUGGGAGUAUGAUCCCUUCUGUAUUGUUAGAAUUUACUGAUGCCAUAAAAAUUGAUAGGGAAAAAGGAAAAAACACACCCCCAUACCCGAAUUCUUAAAAAAAAAAUUCUCAAACCUGGUUGAAUUUUGACCCGACCCGAUUGAUAGAAUACUCCCACGAUUAAAUCACAAACCCACAAAGACUGGCGACCUACGACUUCAAACUCGAUUACAAAUAGCAAAACUCGAUACUCGAUACCACAAACUCGAUACUCGAUAACACGAUACUUGAUAACACAAUACUCAAUAACAAAACCAAAACCCUUAACGAUGCUUCAAUACUCGACAACACACAUGGAUUAGAUCGAACAAACCCACGACAACACGAUACUCGAUCAAAGAACACGUUUCGGCUGGGGUUGCUUCGGACUAGAUCGAUACUCGAAGAACGAGAUUCAGCCGUCGUGAAUGAUGGAGCACGGAUUCGCUUCGGACGUGAAGCUCCAAGUUGUGGAUGGUGGGUUUUGUGACGCACAGCUUCAAACAAAUUGACACUUGUAAUCAACAAAUCAAAAAAACAGUCUAAAGAGGGAUUGCAACGUACAGACAAGAGAAUUGGUCUCAUGAAUGAGAUUUUAGCUGCCAUGGACACAGUGAAGUGUUACGCUUGGGAGGAAAGCUUUCAGUCAAAAGUACAAGGUAUUCGAAAUGACGAGUUGGCAUGGUUUCGUCGAGCAUCACAUCUUGGGGCGUUAAAUAGUUUCAUAUUGAAUAGCAUUCCUGUUUUGGUGACUGUGACUGCUUUUGGAUUAUUUACGGCUUGGGGGGGAGACUUGACUCCAUCUAGGGCAUUUACGUCACUUUCAUUAUUUGCAGUGCUACGGUUUCCUCUACUCAUGCUUCCUAAUAUAAUAACUCAGGUGGUAAAUGCAAAAGUAUCCCUAAAGCGUCUAGAGGAGCUACUUCUUGCAGAAGAGAGAGUUUUGCUUCCAAGCCCACCAUUAAAUCCAAAACUUCCGGCCAUCUCAAUCAAGAAUGGAUACUUUUCCUGGGAUCCAGAGGCUGAGAAGCCCACAUUAUCAAACAUCAAUUUGGACAUACCAGUCGGUAUCUUAGUCGCAGUUGUUGGAAGUACAGGGGAGGGAAAGACAUCACUAAUAUCAGCAAUGCUCGGAGAACUUCCAGCAGCUGCAGAUUCUAGUGUUAUUAUUUCAGGAAGUGUUGCAUAUGUUCCACAAGUUGCAUGGAUUUCUAAUGCUACAGUACGUGAUAAUAUUGUAUUUGGUUCUGCCUUUGAAUCUGCGAGAUACGCGAAGACAAUAGAUGUAACUGCAUUGCAGCAUGACCUUGACUUACUGCCCGGUGGUGAUUUGACUGAAAUUGGGGAACGAGGAGUGAAUAUUAGUGGUGGUCAGAAGCAAAGAGUUUCCUUGGCUAGGGCCGUGUACUCAAAUUCUGAUGUGUACAUUUUUGAUGAUCCCUUAAGUGCUCUUGAUGCUCAUGUGGCUAGAGAGGUUUUUGAAAAAUGCAUUAGGGGAGAACUAAGAGGGAAAACGAGAGUUCUUGUGACCAAUCAACUGCAUUUUCUCUCGCAAGUUGACAGAAUUCUCCUUGUUCAUGAAGGUGUGGUGAAGGAGGAAGGAACAUAUGAGGAACUUUAUGAAAAUGGCAAGUUGUUCAAAAGGUUAAUGGAAAGUGCAGGUAAAAUGGAAGAUACAAGUGAGGAAAAGGAAGAUAGUCAAACCAGUGAUAAUAAAAAAUCACCCGAUCUUCCUGCUAGUGGGAUGGCUAAGGAUUUUGAAAAGGAUGCUAAUCCUUCAAAGAAGUAUAAAGAACAAAAACCUGUUCUUAUUAAGCAGGAAGAAAGAGAAACAGGUGUAGUCAGUUGGAAUGUUUUAGUGAGAUACAAGAAUGCAUUAGGAGGCUUAUGGGUGGUUAUUAUACUCCUCUUAUGCUAUGUUCUAUCAGAAACUCUUCGAAUUUUUAGAAGCGUGUGGUUAAGCAGAUGGACUGACCAAGGCAAUAUAGGACCAAAUGAAACAUUAUACUACAACAUGAUUUAUGCGGGUCUGUCAUUUGGUCAGGUGUUGGUGACACUGUUAAAUUCUUAUUGGUUAAUCAUAUCAAGCUUGUUUGCGGCCAGAAGGUUGCAUGAUCUGAUGCUUACUUCUAUUUUAAAAGCUCCAAUGGUAUUCUUCAACACCAACCCUAUUGGGAGGAUAAUCAACCGGUUUUCAAAGGAUCUUAGUGACAUUGAUAAGAAUGUUGCCUCUUUUUUCAACAUGUUCUUGGGGCAAAUUUCACAACUCCUUUCAACUUUCAUCUUGAUAGGGGUUAUGAGCACUUUAUCGUUGUGGGCAAUCCUUCCUCUUCUGACAUUGUUUUAUGCGGCCUAUUUAUACUACCAGAGCACAGCUCGAGAAGUAAAGCGGCUAGAGUCUAUAAGUAGAUCUCCAGUUUAUGCUCAAUUUGCUGAAGCUUUAAAUGGCCUUUCAACUAUUCGUGCAUACAAAGCUUACGAUAGAAUGGCUGAGAUUAAUGGGAAAUCCAUGGACAAUAAUACUAGAUUUACCCUUGUGGACAUGAGUGGAAAUCGAUGGCUUUCAGUCCGUUUGGAAACCAUGGGUGGUCUUAUGAUAUGGCUUACAACCAUUUUUGCUGUGAUGCAGAAUGGCAAGGCAGAAAACCAGCAAGCAUUUGCAUCCACCAUGGGUCUUUUACUUAGCUAUGCUUUAAAUAUUACCUCUUUGCUUAGAGGUGUAUUAAGGUUUGGAAGCAUAGCUGAGAACAGUUUAAAUUCUGUUGAGCGCGUUGGGAACUACAUAGAUUUGCCUUCAGAGGCUCCAUCAAUUAUUGAGAGCAAUCGCCCCCCUCCUCAAUGGCCUUCAUCUGGACUUAUAAAAUUUGAGGGUGUCGUCUUACGAUAUAGACCUGAGCUCCCAACAGUCUUGCAUGGUCUAUCUUUCACAAUUCUUUCCUGUGAAAAGGUUGGAAUUGUCGGAAGAACUGGUGCCGGAAAAUCAAGCAUGAUAAAUGCCUUAUUUCGUAUGGUCGAAUUGGAAAGGGGCAAAAUAUUGAUUGAUGGUUUCGAUGUUGCAAUGUUUGGGCUACUAGAUUUGAGAAAAGUUCUUGGCAUUAUACCACAGUCACCCAUUCUUUUUUCAGGAACUGUUAGGUUUAAUCUCGAUCCAUUCAACAAUCAUAAUGAUGCUGAUCUUUGGGAAGCUUUGGAGAGGGUACAUUUAAAGGAUUUCAUAAGGAGGAAUACGUUUGGUCUUGAUGCUGAGGUUUCGGAGUCGGGGGAGAAUUUUAGCAUUGGACAGAGGCAGCUGUUGAGCCUUGCCCGAGCACUUAUUGGAAGAUCAAAAAUUCUAGUUCUUGAUGAAGCAACUGCAGCUGUUGAUGUUCGAACUGAUGCUUUAAUUCAAAAAACUAUAAGGGAAGAGUUUAAAUCUUGUACAAUGCUCAUUAUUGCACACAGAUUGAAUACCAUCAUAGAUUGUGACCGGAUCCUUGUACUUGAAGCUGGUCGGGUUUUGGAGUAUAACACUCCGAAAGAACUGUUAUCAAAGGAAGAAAGUGCUUUCUCAAAGAUGGUUCAAAGUACAGGAGCUGCCAAUGCGCAAUACUUGCACAGCUUAGUACUUGAAGGUGAAGGUGAGAAAAGGUUUGGAUUAGAAGAGAAGAUUUAGAUGGAUGGAUAGAGGAGAUUGCUUGCUCAUGUUGUAAUUUGAUGAUAUUACAUUGUAUUGGAAUGACUGGAUUUUUGUACUACACUUAUAUAACAUACAUCUCAUAUUUCGAUUUGAGAGAAAAAAUAAAACAUAUCAAUAUUGAUAUAUCAAAUA